GUGCAGAACCCUACCCGAAUUCCAGAGCAGAAAGAAAGAAAGAAAAACACGAAAGAAUUUGAGAAGAGAGAGAGAGAGCGAGAGAGAAAGAAACCAACGGUGCUGAUAGAAUCCAAGCUCGAAAUCAAGCUCGCGCAUCUCUCCCCUCUUCUCCAGCGUCCGAUCUCUCUCUCUCUCCCGAUCUAACCAUCUCCCGCCCAAAAUUACAAAUCUCUUCGCUCCACUCCACAAUCGGGUUUCUGCGCGAUGGCGGAGGCGGCACCGGGGAGUCCGGGCGGUGGGAGCCACGAGAGCGGGGACCAGAGCCCCAGGUCCAACGUGCGCGAGCAGGACCGGUUUCUGCCUAUCGCCAACAUCAGCCGGAUCAUGAAGAAGGCGCUCCCGGCGAACGGGAAGAUCGCCAAGGACGCCAAGGAGACCGUCCAGGAAUGCGUCUCUGAGUUCAUCAGCUUCAUCACUAGCGAGGCGAGUGAUAAGUGCCAGAGAGAGAAGAGGAAGACGAUUAACGGGGAUGAUCUACUCUGGGCCAUGGCGACCUUAGGGUUUGAGGACUAUAUUGAGCCGCUGAAGGUGUACUUGGCUCGAUACAGAGAGAUGGAGGGUGACACCAAAGGAUCAGCAAAGGGUGGGGAAGGGUCUGCCAAAAGAGACGGGAUUCAAUCUGGCCCCAGUGUCCAGCUUGCUCAUCAGGGUUCAUUUUCGCAAGGAAUGAGUUAUGGAAAUUCUCAAUCACAAGCUCAACAUAUGAUGGCUCCCAUGCAAGGCACAGACUAAGGUUGGGUUCUGAUCUGAAGCUGGUUCUCUCAGAUGGAUCCAUUCCAAGGAUCCCUCCCUCUCGUGUUUGAAGCUAGCUAAUCGAUUUAUGAAUCCACAUACUGAAAUCUGAUCCGAGCAAUGUAACAUUUUAGGGUUUGUUUAUUAUUAUGUUUUCUCCAUGUGUUGUAUGUAUAUCAAUCAAGGGGGUCUCAUUAUUUCGCGAAUUAUGUAACGUUGGUGGAUUUAUUGAAUACCCUUUUUAUUUAGGCAAGAACAGGAUACGUAUAAACUGCUUCAGAAAUUUCUAUUUAAUAUUUUCAUUUAGCUUC